AUGGCUUCGGCACUUCCAUAUGCGCCUUCAAGCCGCAAGGCCACUUCUACCAACAUGUCGAUGCAAGCACUUCGUCCCACCACGCGGGGUACAAUAGGAAGUGCAACGACUAGUUCGAAUGGGAGUUUUCAAAGGCGAACAUCAUUAUCUUCAUUUCCAUCCUCUCGUUCACCUUCAGUCAUGUCGCAGCGUCGCCCUUCACGAAGUCCCAAUCCCACCCCAAUAGACACGGAUCGCAGGUCGGAUCCUAGUACCGUCAAUUCAAAAACUCCCACCAGUGGUGUAUCAUCACAACACUCCUCAUUAUCCCCGCCAAAUAAUUAUCACCCAGGAGCACACCCUGCGAGAAGGUUGAAGUCGCAAUAUCCUCGAGGAGAUACCGAGAACCAUGUCGAAUACAUAUUGGUAGCAUCGUUUGAUAUUGAUAAAGGCCCAAUUAUGGAACAUCAGUAUCCCGUUGCUAUAACGGGCGAUGAACAUAUGUUAGCGGAAUUGAUGUUACCGGAUCAAGCCCAUGUUCGAAACCAAGAUUGGACGAUAUUUUUCUUACAUAAAGAUACGAGUCAGGACGAAGACGAGGCAGAAGAGAAGGUCAAAAGAAAAAGAUUACGACGGGCGAAGAAAGAAGCCAGGGCAGCACUCUUUGAAAGUGGAAAUGUUGAUCCUUUGGGACCUGUCGAGGACAGUGAUGAGGAUUCGUCGGAAGAUGAUGAGCCAGAAGGAGGAGAAGGUCCACCUCUAAUAUAUGUGUUGAAUCUUGUGAACACCAAACAAGAUAAGACUGCCAAAAGAGGAGCUGUAGUAAAGGCCAUGGCUAUAUGUACUCGACAUCCAUUUCUGCACAUUUAUAAGCCACUUCUACUAUUAGCUCUCGAAGAGCUGAGCCUACUCGAACGGCAUCUUCUACAAGCGAGCGACAACAAAGAUCUGUUUGUAGAAAAAUUUGAGCAGAUGAUUCAAAUGCGUAUGGCAGAGGACAAGGGGGAAGCGCCGGACGAUAUGGCAGCCAUGUCCGAAAGCCCAGAAAGGAGACCAGGUCUGGUGCGAAAUGGUACCAAAGCACAUGUUCAACAACUAAUACACUCGAACUACUCUGUACCUCGGGACACACAUGAGUUUGAAACCAAAGUCAUGUAUAAUGGAAUCCCGAUACCCAUCAAGGUUCCCGUUGCAGUAUCUCCUGAAACCGUUGGGGAUUUCUCCCUAGUAAAACUUAUCCAGACAUACAACGACCCUCACGUUAAAUCUCCCAUUCCGUUUGCGCUACAUCCUCACCUCACAACUGGAGGGAUACAUACUCAUCCUAUUAUUGUAUUAGUCAAUGCCAUGUUAACCCAAAAACGUGUUAUUUUCCUGGGUCACAAUCGUCCAUCAGGUGAGGUCGCUGAAGCUGUACUUGCAGCUUGCGCUUUAGCAUCUGGUGGGGUUCUGCGUGGAUUUACUCGCCAUGCAUUUCCAUAUACCGAUCUCAGCAAAAUCGACGACCUCCUCAAAGUGCCAGGUUUCAUAGCUGGUGUAACAAAUCCAACUUUCGAAAAUCAUCCAGAAUGGUGGGACCUACUGUGUGAUAUUCCCUCUGGACGAAUGAAGAUCAGUAGUCGGAUUGACCCAGCACCACUCACAGAAGGACUUGCUAACUUCCAGCAACAAAAUCCGGCUUAUGCCAGUGCCACGAAUGUUGCAACGUCAACUAGUCAAGCAGCCAGUGACCCAACAGGCGAUGCUGCAUUCAUGAAUGACGUGAUCCGCAGUAUCGCUGCUCGACAUGGCGAAGGUGUCAUUCGAGCUAAAUGGCGAGACUGGGUGGUCAAGUUCACUAGAAUCUCGGCUCAAUUUGAGGAGAGUGUUUACGGUGCGAGUGCUUUGUACAUCGGGGUAGAAAAGGCAGAGCCUGGCAAUGAGCAUGUCAGUGGCCAUGGAUAUGUUUGGCCUGAUGAACAAUCGAAGUUACGUGAGCUUGCUAGUAAUGUAAAUCGAAUUGAGGGCUGGAGAAGUACUCGAAGUUAUUACAGCUUUAAGCAGGAUCUGGUGCAACUCUACAACUUUAAACCUCUCAAAGCCCUCGAUCUCCAUCAUCUGCACGAUCGUCUCCGAAUGACAAAACUUACACCUCAUACAAGUCGUGAAAUAUAUCUUGCUAUGGAGAAAUAUACACAUUCUUAUGAUGAAAUAUGUCAGCUCUUAGCCGUAGCACCGGAAUCACAUGCAGGCCUCUUCUAUAUUGCACUCGGACUUUUCCACAAAGACCGAGAUGUUCGAGUGAGAGUCGUCGAUUUAUUGGAGAGAAUUAGCGACCAUGAGGCCGGACGACAUUGGUGGAAAGCUUUGAGUCGAUUUGAAAAAUUGGCUUUUAUCCGAAUCAAAAGGGAAGCAGAAGCGGAGAUGAGAGUCAAGCUGGGAAGUGCCGGGAGAGAUGUCUCAGCUGAUAGUGAUGCGAUGGUUAUGGGAAGACGGAUUAGUUGA